CUCGACUCUCCACAAUGCUCAGGUCUGCAGUUCCGGUGACGUCCGUAGCUCUGAUGGAGGCGCUGCUACUGCUUACGUGGAUGGUGCCGGAGCUGGUGGAGACCAUGACAUGCCCUCGCAUCUGUAAAUGUAGCGGUUCAUUUGAAACUGUUUACUGUGGAGAAAGUGAUCUACUCAAGGUGCCGCGAGGCAUCCCCACCAUAGCGCAAGUACUUAGCCUUCCGUAUAACAACAUCACUAAACUGACCAAGAACCAGUUUGUAACGCUCAGGCAGUUGCAAACGUUACAGCUCGGAUUCAACACCAUAUCGGCAAUAGAGGCGGAAGCCUUUAGAAAUUUGGACAACUUGCAGACGUUGGAGUUGCUAAACAACAGAUUAUCGUUUGUACCUACGUCGUCGUUCAAGGCAAUACCUGCUCUGAGAGAGUUGUGGUUGCGUGGCAACCCGAUCACGUGUCUAGAUGCGUUAGCUUUCUACCCCCUAAAUAGCAUGAGGCUGCUUGAUAUUGGUGAGUUGAGGCAGUUGAAAGCUGUUUCCAAGGAUGCCUUUGCCGGGCUCACUAGGCUAGUGUAUCUCAACAUGGCGGUGUCUAACCUGGACAGUGUGCCUUACCUUCAGUAUCUCACCAGUUUGGAGGAGCUGGAUCUGUCGGGAAACUCCAUACAGGUGCUCAAAACGGGAGACCUCGUGGGUCUAAAGAGGCUAAAAAGGCUAUUGAUGGUGUCGACGAACCUGAGUAAAGUAGAGUACAACGCGUUCAAGGAUCUCGCAGAGUUGAGAGAAUUGGACUUAUCGUACAACAACCUGACUCUAUUACCGCUAGGGCUCUUUUAUCCGUGCUAUUCGCUUAAGAAGGUCAACCUGGGCAGAAAUCCUUGGAACUGUUCGUGCCAGGUCACAUGGCUUGUGGACUGGCUGAGCACACACGUACAAAACAGGACAGAUGGGUCGGUAGGGACCUGCCAAUAUCCCGACGGCCUGCGAGGCAAAUACCUGUUCGAGGUCCAGUUCAUGCUGAUACAGUGUCCUCCUGUCAACGUUACCAGUCCAAAUGUGGAGGUUCCGGAGGGUGACAGUGCCACAAUGUACUGCAACGCUGGGCAGGAGACCGCCGUCAGCUGGAUGACCCCGAACGGUACCGUCAUAAGGCACGGUUCGUACAAAGUAAGGGUCAGAGUCUUCAACGACGGGACCCUGAACAUCACAAGUGUGACCAUGAGCGACUCGGGUUUGUAUCGGUGCUUGCCGCAGAAGCCACCGACAUACGCUGAGAACGACCCCUUCACGACGUUUCUGAACGUCUUACCCACCAAUAUACCGCGAAGGUGGACCAUUCUAACCAGCACGGAUUUUCCGCUAGCCGAGGAACCUUUGGACACCAGUUCCAUCAACGCCAAUUUCUGUGCAUCGGUCACCAGAAUAGAUACCAGCGAGGAGGACCGAAAUUGGCGUAAUGGGACUUCCUUAAUCGAUCCUAAUGCUACCUACGGUCCCAACAUAUUCAACUACCCGGGUGGUGACACCAUAAGACCAGAGGAUUACAACCUAAAUAAGAAGCCCCGAACCGACUACAAGAAGUAUGUUAUAUCGUCCAUAGUGUCCAUCUUGUCCUUCGGAUUCUUACUUUGGACAGUGUGUUAUCUGGGUGUGAAGUGUUCGAAAGUACGGGAGAGGAGACAACAGGAGAGGAACUAUCAGCUACAGAAAAACUGCAACUCCAUCAACCAUCAUCCAGCAAUAGUGGAUCUCUACCAGAUCCCGGAUGUGGAGAGUAUCAGCCCAAGCAAGUCAAACUGUACAACGUUGUCAACAUUUAAAGACCCGCCACCCAUGGAGACGAUAGUAUAGCACAUCAUGCCUAAUAUAUACAUACAUAUAUUAGAUUUUUGUAUUUAGCUAAGGGACGACACUUUUUGUACCUAUUCAAAAACAGAUGGAUAACGCUGUAUUUUCAACAUGUAUCUAGUUGGUAGGUAUUCAAAGCGGUCGGAAACAACGAUUGGAAUUGUUUCUGUUGCUUUCAACUGAUAGUUCAAAGAACGGUGAUACUAAGUAUCACUGUCAUGUUUCUAAGUUGCGGAAACGUUUGUUGGUAAUCUAACCUAACAGGGGUCUUCCUAUAUACUUAACGAAUAAGGUGACGUUAAAGGAAUGCACAAGGUUUAAAACAUGAACAUUGCUUACCAUGUAAGCCCGUCUGUGUUGGUAGUAAUCAUACUGAAAAGCUAAACUUUCUUCCAACACAAAAGUUGAAAAUUUGAUCCGUGCGUACUUUGUGUUGGAAGAAACUUUAGCUUUGGGCUAUGAAAAUUACUAUUCAUGCCACAAAACUGAUCCUUAGGGUCCGUUUUACCAUGUUUAGCAGUUAAGGAUUUCUUUUGAUCAGAGAACUAACCACUAUGAUUUCGUGGCUUAAAUUAUAAAUUUUAGAAGUCGUAUUCCAUUAGGCAUUCUUUACAAUUAUGAAGAGAUGCGGACAAGGAGUUUAUCAAUAUCGUUUCUUUGUUACGUCCUACAAAACCCAGGAAUUCCAUUCCCUUUACACGACCCAGUAUUACCACAUGAACCGUUCUCUAUAGGGAGACUCCUGUGGGGUCACUGCUGCUCACGACCUUGGCACCCCCGCUCCACGUAAAUCAGUCUUCUUUUCACUUUGAGGGGCUUUCAUACCGGGUGGGGCAAGCACAAUACGUCUAUUUUGCUCAGUCAAGCUGGCAAUUUUAGCCGACCUGAAACGGAGUGCUGCAUAUUAACUCCUGUGAUACUUACAUCUCUUGAUCGUUGUGAUAUUACUCGUGAGGCACGAAGGGGGGUGUUGGAGUGCCGGGGGUCACACAGCUGGUCGUUGUCAUUCCUUUUGUGAGCACAAAAUUGAAAUCUCAUUACGUCGCCUGCGUACUGUUUCAUAUCAGAUGCCAGUCGAUACAAAUCACUUGGGCAGAUUGGACGUUGCCUGCGAUGCAAUCGGUAGUGAGUUCAAAACUGGCGACACGUCUGCAGUCAAUGUUAUACAAUCACUGUCACAUCCUGAUGAUGGCCAUGCCUACGCAUCUUUUGUGAAGGACGAUAAAAGGAAGAUAAAAUCAGGGUCUACAUACGUGAUUAGCAAGAAACUUGUGAGCUAUCUGUGAGCUGUAUGGAAUGCUGACUGCCUACUACAACUCAUGUACGUGACUUGUUCUUCAGAUGGUUAACAUACGUACAGUGUACCCAAAGAGGGCUGGCUAUAGACACAGUUAUCUGGUCAAUUCAUCAUCUCUGGCGGGUUCAAUGAAGUGCAAGUUAUGCACUUGCAUAUGCAUGGCGUCGCCCAUGACACUGUUCCGGAUUAUAGAGCAAGAGCGGGUACUCCUGUGUAAUAACUUCACAGAUAGAUGAGCAGUUUCUUUAAUAAAGAAUAAUAAACAAUGACUGAUGUCUGUACCUAUACGACAUACGGUAGCUAUAGCUUACUCCCAGAUGGGCCCAGUCAGCCCGCAUCAAUAAAACCAAACCUGAAAUGAGACUACAAGAGGUCGACCUGUGUCCGUCUAGUUCUCAUUCAUAUCCACUCAGAAACUCAUUUCGGCAGUGCGAAUGCCAAGCGUGACUUCCCACAGGAGCGCAGUAUUAAUGCGAGGUUGCCUCUUAAAAGAGAAUGCCUUUCUUUAGAUUGUGGAUUGCUUUUUGCCCUCACGAACUCACUUCUACCUACAUCAGACAAAAUGUAAGUUUCAAAGUCGGGCAGCUUAUACGUGUGACCUUGGUGGUAACAUGCAUAUCUAUGGAACAUCGAAGAAACACGUCGAGUAUCUUGAAUGCUAAUUAUGGUUAUUACGUGACAUUUUGACAAGAUAAUUGUCGGUAGUAGUAACGUGCACUGGUUGCUAUAUCUAUGUAACAUAAAGGCGGGGUUGCCUCUUAAAAGAGCAUGCCUUUCUUUAGAUUGUUAAUUACUUUUUUCUCUCACGAACGUGGUUCUUCCUACAUCAGACAAAAUGUAAGUUUCAAAGUCGGGGGAGCUUAUACGUGUGACCUCGGAAGACAGGGUAACAUGCAUAUCUAUGGAACAUCGAUGAAACAUGUCGAGCAUCUUGGAUGCUAACUAUGGUUAUUGAGUGGAAUUUUGACAGAUAAUUAUGGCUUGUAGUAACAUGAAUUGGCUGCUAUAUUUAUGUAACACGGCGUGUACUGACAGAUUCUGAUCAACAGAAAACAUCAAAAACAAUAUGUUAUCUCUUCUAAAUGGAUUCAUAUGUCGUCGGCGUAAGGGUUAAAGUAAAUAAGUAAAAACACAACUAAGUACCAUAAUUAGUCAAGUAUGCCAUGAAAUCGAAUGAAGUUUUUUUUCAGAAAGGGAUUGCAAUAUUUUGUGAAUGUUUUUAAAUAUUUGAGGCAAUAAUACAUCUGGUG